AUGCCGCCACUCGGAAAGAGCUUACUUAUAGCAACGGCUGGUAUUGCUGGUUUUUCUCUACUAUUGCUAAUCAUUAGUGUCGCUACAACAACAUGGCUUGAUAAUGGAAAUGGCAGCACCAUUGGUCUCUUUCGAAAAUGCUAUGGAGACAAUACAGCAAAUCUAGGUUUAAGUAAUGGGCCAGGAUGUUACAAUGAGAACCGGGUAACGCAAGCUGGUCUGUCGAUUUUCGGCCUUCUACUGCUUGUGUUCUCUAUCGUUGCGGUCAUAGCCAGUGUAUUUAUUCCCAAUCCAAUAAUCUUAUUCGGAGGAUUAGGCUUACUAUACUUUUCGUCAAUGUUUGUUAUGGCUGCAUAUGCUACUUGGGGCAACUAUACGCGCGAUACAGCAACAUACUUCUUUCCAUACAGCCCAACAAUAAAUAUACCGAAUACAUCAGUCGGACCAUCGUACAAUUUGUGUGUUGCUGCACAUUACUUCAUCUGGACGGCACUGACAGUGCUCGCAUUUGCUACUGGUUAUCUCUACUCUGCCGAACGCAAUCAACCCUAA